AUGAAGCCCUUGUCACUCGCAUCGGCGCUCUUUAGCCUGCUGGCGACCAGCGCCGCCGCCGCCAACAGCUCCCCCUCCGCCGCCGGGUCCCGGUCCAAGGUGACGCUGCCCGCCGAGUUCAAGCCGCCCCAGGUCUUCAAGAACGCCAAUCUCGUCCACAUCGUCUCGCUCGAGAAGAACUACGUCAAGGAGCAGGUCAACGUCCUCAUCGAGAACGUCUCCAAGCAGCCCCAAGAUGAAUACUACCUGCCCUUCACCGCGGACCAAAUGUCCCGAGUCGGCGGCUUCGAGGUCAAGGACCGCAAGGAUACCACCGCCGGGCCGUUUGUCGCCGAGCGAGUCGAGUACGACCCGAACAGCGACGUUCAGUACUUUCGCAUCCGGCUCCCCGCGCCGCUAAAGGCCGGCGGCCAGCAGACCCUCGGCAUCUCCUUCUACGUCCUUAAGGCCUACAGCCCCCUGCCCGCGUCCAUCAAGCAGGACGAGCAGCAGUACCUCGUCUACGAUUUCUCCGUCUACGCGCCCUCGGCGUAUCCGACCCUGAAGCAGAAGACCGAAGUCAAGGCGCCGUCCUCCUCAAUCCCUGACUAUACCAAGAUUGCCGGCAAGGAUGGCAAGGGGUCGCCUCAAAAGCAGGGCUCCAAGCUCACCUACGGACCGUUCGACGAGAAGCCCGCGGGUGCCGUGUCGCCCGCGAGCGUCCGCUUCGAGUUUACCAAGUCGGUCCUGCACAUCGCCAACCUCGAGCGGGACAUCGAGGUUAGCCACUGGGGCGGCAACGUCGCCUUUGAGGAGCGAUACACGCUGAUCCACCGCGGUGCCAACCUGUCGUCGCCUUUCAACCGGGUCAAAUGGGCCCAGUCGCAGUACUUCAACCCGGCGAGCACGGCUCUCAAGGAGAUGCGCUUCCCGCUCCAGGUCGGCAGCGUGGACCCUUACUUCACAGACGCCAUUGGCAACGUGUCGACGUCUCGCUUCCGCAGCAACAAGCGCGAGGCUCUGCUGGAGCUGAAGCCUCGCUACCCAAUCUUUGGCGGCUGGAAGUACCCGUUCACCAUUGGCUGGAACUCCAACACUGCCAACCUGCUGCGCAAGACGGCCUCCGGAGGCUACGUGCUCAAGGUUCCGUUCAUGGAGGGACCCAAGCAGGCUGAGGGCGUCGAGUACGAGCAGAUCAACGUACGGGUGCUGCUGCCGGAGGGUGCUUCAAAUGUCAAGGUGUACACGGGCGUGCCUGAAUCAUCCAUCACCGAGUCCUCGGUGGGUGUUCACAAGACAUAUCUCGACACGAUCGGCCGCACGGCGGUGACCAUCAAGGCCCGCAACCUUGUGGAUGAGUUCCGGGACCGUGAUCUCAUCAUCUCGUACGAGACAUCGCUAUUCGAUACGCUGAGGAAGCCCUUCAUCGUCUUCUCCAGCAUGAUGACGGUGUUCGUGGCUGCCUGGGCUGUGAGCAAGGUGGAGGUUGGCUUUGCGAAGAAAUGA